GUUUAAACUAGGCCACUACAAUUCAUGUAGUGUUAAGUCUGUGAAAUGCAUGUCAUGCUGCUUUCCUGCUGUGUCUUGGUCUUGCUUCUGCCUGGUCCGUGUUUUACGGCGCCCACAUUUAUACCGGUGGCCGACAUCUCUCCUUCCGCAGAACCACAGGUUGACUUGUUGCUGGCCACAGAAUACCUGCAGCAGUACUACAACCUGCAGCAAGAGCCUUUGGGGCGCAUGAAGCGGAGCGGGCCCUCCUUCACCUCCAAGGUGAAAGACAUGCAGAUAUUCUUUGGGCUCAAUGCAACAGGCGUGCUGGACUCCAACACCCUAGAGACGAUGAGGAGCCCUCGAUGUGGCGUUCCAGAUGUGGAGGAGUACAGCCACAUCGGGGGGACACGAUGGAACAAGAAUGUCAUCACCUACAGCAUUGGCAGGUACACCAGAGAUUUGCCUCGCAACACUGUGGACUCUCUGGUUGAGUCAGCUUUCAGCGUUUGGGCCAGAGCCAGCGGUCUGACGUUUGUCCGGUUGCACACCCGCAGCGCUGACAUCACCGUGGAGUUUGUGACCUAUGAACAUGGUGACUUGUAUCCAUUUGACGGACCCGGAGGAACACUGGCUCACGCUUUCGGUCCAGGGCCAGGCGUGGGAGGCGACACGCACUUUGAUGAUGACGAGCACUGGACAGCGGGAGAGACAGGUUUUAGUCUGUUUGUUGUAGCUGCACAUGAAUUUGGUCAUGCGUUGGGCCUGAAGCACUCCAGAGACCCAGAGUCACUGAUGUACCCGACCUACAAACCCUCCCGUUCUGCCAACCUCUUAUCAGGAGAGGAUGUAGCAAACAUCAACGCACUUUACAGUCCAGUCAGAGGACCUCCAAAUUACUUUCCGGGAUUUGGCUCGUCGCUGUUCCCUCAACGCAUGCAGAACAAAUGUGCUUCAGACCUGACCUUUGACGCCGUGUCCACUCUUGGGGAUGCCACCUUCUUCUUCAGAGAAAGAUACCUCUGGAUUAAACAUAAUGCGCAAUAUGACAUCAAAGAAGGUCCCAUCACCAACUUUAUGCCCAAGAUUGAAACCAGCAUCGAUGCGGCCUUCUGGGUGCCUCGCAGAUCCACUGCUUACCUCAUUCACGAAGCCAUGUUCUGGACGGUGAAAGGCUCUCAAGUGAGGGGAAAGCCUCGAGCACUCAGCCACUUUGGGUUUCCAGCCUGGAUCCAGGACGUUGACGCAGCAGUGCACAUAGUGAAAACAGGACGCACCCUCUUCUUUAUGCAGGAUAUCUACUGGAGUUACAAUGAAAACCGGAGGGUUAUGGAUUUUGGUUACCCAAAGUACAUCAGCGAGGACUUUCCAGGAAUCAACACAACAAUAAAUGCAGCUGUUCAUAAAGAGGGUUUCAUCUACUUCUUUGUCGGGCCACAAGUCUACAAAUACGACUACACCCAGAAACACGUUGUCGGAGUUGAGAAAGCAAAUUCCUGGCUCGGAUGUUGAAAUACUGUAAAUCCAUGAACAUGUGCAGCAAGGACAUUACCUGAAAACCUUGAUUAAAUUAAACCAACGAGAAGAAAGAAAACACUGUGCUGCUUCACUUUCCAGUGGAGUUUUAUUUAUCAUCGUCAUAUUUUGUCAAAAUAAAAGA